GGCCAGGCCGAGGCCGGGCCGGGGCGGUUCUGCGGGGCGCGGCAGGGCUGUGUAGGGGCCGGGAGCGCCCCGUCUACCGCCUUUCCGUGGCGAAAGUGAUCCUUGGGCGCGGGAGCGCUUCCGGGGCAGCGUCGUCAGCGUCACCCUCGCUGGUAUCGUCGCGGUCGCCAUCAUCAUGACAACGCUCCGCGCCUUCACCUGCGACGACCUCUUCCGAUUCAACAACAUCAAUCUGGACCCGCUGACCGAGACCUACGGGAUUCCUUUCUACUUGCAGUACCUCGCCCAUUGGCCCGAGUAUUUCAUCGUCGCCGAGGCGCCCGGCGGGGAGCUGAUGGGUUACAUUAUGGGCAAAGCCGAAGGCUCUGUGGCUAGGGAAGAAUGGCACGGACACGUUACUGCUCUCUCUGUCGCACCAGAAUUUCGACGGCUGGGUUUGGCUGCUAAAUUGAUGGAGCUCCUGGAAGAAAUUUCAGAAAAAAAGGGUGGAUUUUUUGUCGAUCUCUUUGUGAGAGUAUCAAAUCAGGUUGCCGUAAAUAUGUAUAAGCAACUAGGCUACAGUGUGUACCGGACAGUCUUAGAGUACUACUCAGCUAGCAGUGGGGAGCCAGAUGAAGAUGCUUAUGGUAAGUUCUUGUUCAGUCUCAAAUUGAAUGGAACGAUUCUCAUGUUGAGGGUUCCUGGGCUUGUUUGCAAGAUGAUUAUUAUUUUUUUGGCCUGUGAAACAAUUUCAGAUAGUUACUGAUUAAUGGGAUUUUUGUAUCCUCCUUUAGAUAACUUUUCUUACUUAAGAUUAUAUCAGUUACAAAACUUAAUCUUGCCAUUUACACAUUUUAUACAAUCUCUGGCAAAAUCAACUGCAGAACAAGAAUAAAUAAGAAGGUAUGUCAGUACUUUCUUCCUUUCAUCCCAUAACACGGAUUUGAAACUGCUUUUCUCAUAUGUCUGCCUAUAAAUUAACAAUUGUUAGUGUUCAACAAUGGCAGAGAAUUGAGUGACAUUUUCAAUUUAAAAGGGAAGGAACGUGGAAAUUCAAGAAUGUUAAUGUUAAUUAUGUUAACAAAAGUGAACUACCAGGUGCUUCUCUUUCUAGGUCCUUUUUAAAAUUAUCCUCCCAAAGGGUUACAUGGCCCGGCCAUGUAUAGUUUCUGUUCUUGCACUAUUUAUUUGUUCUAUAGGAGCACUGUGAAAUACAAGGGCUAGGGGAUACCUACCAUUGCUGCAUGUGACUUAAAUCAUAUAUUUGUCCCUUUAUCCUGUCAUUUCUUUUCCAUUCAGCUGAGUUUCAUGUAGUGUUUUAUAUCAGUUGAUAUCAUUGCCAUUGAGCAACAUUAAGGACAUUAGUGUGUCUUGAGGACAGCAUUCAAGAUAGUGAGAGGUCUUGAGGGCAAGAUUUAGGAGAAGCAGCUGAUGUCCAUGAGUUUGUUCCACUUGGAGAAGAGAAAGCUCCUCAUCACAGUUUAUAGAGGACAGCAGAGGGGAGGUGUUGAUCUCCUCUCUCCGGUGACCAGUGACAGGACAUGAGGAGAUGGAACAAAGCUGCACAAUGCUCCUGAUCAAACAGUAUAGUUUUAGGUAGUAUUUUGUGGAGCAGAGAGUUGGAUCCUUGUGGGCCCCUUCCAACUUGAGGUAGCCUCAUGAUUUUAGGAAAUUUUCUUGAUUAAAAAUCACCUUAUUUUAAUGGAGAAUUCACUUAAUAUGACCUUGUAUGAUGACUGCAUUACUAUUACAACUUUUUUUCCUUUUG